GACACUCUAAACAUAACAUGUCGACAACAUGCGUGGAAAAUAACUGACUCAGCUGUGCUGCUAUUAAAAGAGCUCAAAUCCCAAAGUAUUGCUCUGGCAGCUCUGCAGGCUGUCAUGUCAGAGGAGCUGUGUGUAUGAGCUGCUGAAGUGUGCAGCUCGUCGGGAGAGGAAUAGAAAGCCAGAGUCCAGAACACCUACAGAGGCCUAAGGAGCAAAUAUUCUCCAGGAGAUGGACCCAGUAUGGAUCACCACUGUUCUCCUGGUGCCAUGUGUAGUCGUGCUGACAGCUGGAUUUUUCUACCUCUAUAGCGCGAUUAUGGGUCUGUUGUCCAAAACAUCUGUACGCAAUAAAGUGGUGGUUAUAACCGACGCUUUGUCUGGGCUUGGAAAAGAAUGUGCAGGUGUGUUUCACAGAGGAGGAGCGAGGCUGAUCCUCUGCGGGAAGAGUUGGGAGAAACUUGAAGAACUGGCCGAUGAUUUGGCAAACGCCUCAGACCCCACUGUGACGUUCCCCUCUAAACUGGUGCUGCUGGAUUUUGGAGAUAUGGACAGCAUGCCUGAGGUGAUCUCAGAGAUCCUGGAUUGUUACGGCUGUCUGGAUAUUCUCAUCCUCAACAGCAGCAUGAAAGUCAAGGCACCUGCACAGAGCGUGUCUCUGGAGAUGGACAAGUUACUGAUGGACAACAACUACUUUGGACCGGCCACACUGGCCAAAGGUUUGCUGCCCUCCAUGAUUUCGAGGAGAACCGGUCACCUGCUCCUGGUCAACAGCAUCCAGGGGAAAAUAGCUGUACCAUUUCGCACCUCAUACGCAGCAUCUAAACACGCAGUUCAGGCCUUCUUUGACUGCCUGAGAGCUGAAGUAGAAGAGUACGGCAUCUCCGUCAGUACCAUCAACUACACCUUCAUCAGUCGCUCUGCAUCGUCUGAAAACACAGAGCCAGCCUCCAAAUCCAUCUGGUCAUUGUUGUACUCUCAGAAACCUCUCGGCGUUUCUCUAGACGAGGCAGCAACAGAGAUCAUAAAGACUUUAAGCAACAAGAGGAAAGAGGUGGUAAUUGCUCCCUCGCUCCCAAAGGUGGCCGUCUACGCUAGAUCCUUCUUCCCUAAUGUGUUCUUCGCUGUGAUGGCUGCAGGAGUGAAGAACGCCGCUGCCUCUGAGAACAUGUAGUGCCGCUGGUGUACACUGUAAUAAUAAACUGUAAUAACUGAGGAUAUUAAUGAAAUGAUUUUAUGUUUUAUCGUCCUUUCAUCCAGGCAGGCCAUCUAAAAAUAACAAUGAUAAUCUAUUUGUUUUUCCUGUUGUCUCAUGAAGUCUUCUGAGCUACAAUUAAAAUUGCAUUUAAACCAUGUGAGUGUGGGUCUUAAAUAUACUGACAGAAAUAACUAAAUGUAUGAUUGAAAUGAUGAUUUAAAAAAAUGUAACAGAGUAUUUGGCCCAUAAAGAACAUCCAAAGGACACUUCAUAUGUAUAGUUAAAUGUUGAUUUUCCAUAGUUUUCUGCAUAUUAUACAAGUUAACAUGCAUAAAAUGAUCAUCAAGGUGCUGAAAUAACUUAAAAAUAGUAAACUAUAAAGACAAUGUUGUAUCUGCUCUUGUAUUUGUAGAUUUAGAAUACAAAUAAACAUACGUAUGUCUAAGCCCUAA